AUGACCUCAUGGUCUGCCACGAUGUCGUCUGCACUGUUAUUGAAAUGUGUCCUGACGACGUGGCUGUUCGUCACCAUAGGAGACGCCAUCACCGUAUCGAUAGAUCGCGCUGAUAUUAAAGCCGCGCCCACGCGAUCGUCGAUGAUCGCGAACGGAUGGCGACCGCUGACCAACUCGUACGAGGAGACGAUCGGCACGAAUGUGUCGCCGUCGAGCCACCUGGAGAAGAACGUGCAGGUGCACCCGGUGCUGAGCAAGUUCCAGGAGCACAUGGCGACGUCGGAGAAGCUGAAGCCGAAGGGCAAGCCGCCGGUGCACGAGUACAGUCCGCCGAGCAUCCUCGGCAGCUUCAGCGUGUUCGGUCACGCGGCGACGAAGGCACGCGGCGAGAGCAAGGCGCCGCCGAGCAAGCACGUCGCCUCGGAGACGCGGGAGUACACCUUCCUGAUCCCGCCGCCCAAGGACGCCUACCGCUUUGAGAUGAACCAACACCGCAAGCCGAUUCUGCGCGACAACUCCAACUACCUGCGCCAGCCGUACAACACGCCGCAGUCAGCCACGAGCGUCCACCAGCAGCAAGCGCAGCAACUGCCGGACCAGGUGCGCGCCGGGACCUACUUCAUCAAGGGCUACCCGAGCAACCGGCCGUACGUGCCGCCGUUCGCGAUGCCGCAGGCGCUCCAGCCGCCGCACCAUCACCAGUCGAAGCCGUUCGAGUCGCUGAAGGUGAGCGGCAACGCGAAACCCUACUUCCAGCCGCCGGUGGCGGACGUGCCCGGCGACUUCGGCAACAAGCAGAAGAUCAGCAACGACCCCUACGACAGCCGGUACCAGGUGGCGCCGCAGAUCCUCGGCUCGGCCAGCAGCGGCAACUUCUACAGCCAGGUGAACCACCCGCCCAGCCACUUCAAGGCCACCUACGAGCGCGACCCCGCUUUCCUGGUGCACGAGAGCCACGAGGUGAGCUACGUCACGCCGUCCGACGCGUACAACGCGUACAACUUCAGACCGUCCUUGCCGUACGAGACCCUGCUGCCGCCCGCGGUCUACUCGUCUUCCUCGUCGACGUCGCCGCCGUCCACUACCGCGGUCACGAGGAACCCCCCCGGCAAGUACAGCCAACAGGUGAAUGACCCGGCGGAGCACGAUUUCAAACGCACGGAUCAGGGCACGAGGAAGAAGCAGGACAAGGGCGGCCACACUGGCGAGCUGCCGAGGACCACGAGCACGUACUACGUGUCGGAGCACCAGGAGCUCACGCCGCCGUCCACGUGGCCGAAGAACAAGUACACGUCCGACAUCAACGAGGUGCUGCCGCGCGAGAAUCCGCCGGGCAAGUUCAACCAAGAGGUCGAUAACCAGAAUCAGGUAGCUUACCGCAGACCGCACAAUCCCUACGAGCCCGUCGAGGUUUACCCGCCGACGACGGUGGAAUACGAGACGCCGGAGAGCAUCUCGCUGAAGCACUUCAACGAGCAACAAUUCCUGCUGCAGCAACAGUUGCUGCAGCGCGACCGGGAGCAGCUGGCGGAGCAAGAACGCCGGCAGAAGCUGGAGAUCGAGAGGCAGCAGCAGGAGGAGCUGAAGAAACGGCAGGAAGAGCUGAAUCAGCUCCUCCAGCGGGAGAAAGAGGAGGAGGAGGCGGCCAGAUUGGCAGUCGAGUCGGCGAAGAAUCAGUCGCAGGAUCUCGUCAAGAUCUCCGGCGAUAUGCCGUACACGAUUCAACUGGCGCAGUUUGAGCCGCAGGUCACCACGAGUCCCGGCAUCCUGGUGUCCUCGCAGCCCGGCAUCUAUCAGCCCCAGGUAACUAUUCCAACCCGUCUGCCGCAGAUCCCGGAGAACCAAGUGAAUUAUCAGUACCAGCAGCAUUUCAAGAACGAGUACCCCGAGCAACAGGUCGACUAUCGCGAUCCGCAGGCCGAGACCCGACCAUACCGUCCGCAGAAACCAUCUCGCGACCCGCACCGCCGCAAAAAGCCGACGACCGUCGCGUACGAUUUAGCGACGGAGCUGCCGAGCCAAGCUCCAGACACUUCCAUACCCUUGACUCUGCACGCGGAAGAAGUACCCGUUCAAACAACCGUGGCGCCGGAAUUGCAAACCCUACCGACGGUGACAACGCAAAAAGCCAGAACUCGCCGGCCUGGCUUGUCGGGGCAUCGGCGAAGGAAGCCGUCGACGACCACGCAGGAACCACCCGUCACCGUGUCGCGUCAAGAGGAGGACUUCCUCAAGUACAACCGAGGUAGCGAAGACACGCAGGCGAAUCACUACGACUCGCCCCGAAGAAGACGCAUCAAGCCCACCCAGGCGACUUACACCGGCGACGAGGUCGUCGCGGAGAAGAGACCCAGUUCCAGGAAACGACCGAGCCAUCGCACCAGGGUGAACCAACUGACCGAGUCGUACGACUCGGAGGUCGUCACCGAGGACUCGCGUUCCUCGCUGACCUACGGACACGCCACAGUGGAGUCCGUAGCGGACAACAACAACGAGAACAACCAGUUCGCGACCAACCAACCGAGCGUCUCCUCUUACGGAGUAAGUCAAAGAGAGGAACAAUAUAUCACGAAUCAGCCGGUGAAUCAGUACUACGACUACACGUCGCAGCUGAGCGGAGGAUACCGCGAAGAGACCACCACCACGUCCAUCCCGGUGGAGUACUACGGGACGGAGCGCAGUCGCCACAAGGUCGAGGACUACAACGUGGACACACGGCAGCCGAAGCCGAACAUCGUCACCAGCAUACCGCUGGAGGAGCUCUACGUGAGAACCGACGACGGCAAUUACUACGACCGAGCGACCACAGUCGCGCCGACGACCACGACCACGGCGACGACCACCACCACCACCACCACCACCACGACUACCAGCGCCCCGCAACCGACGACACCGAGCGCACAGGUGGUCUCCUCCACGCUGAGGUCCCACAAGAUCCGGCCGUUGCGCUACGGCAACGCCACCAGACCGCGUUUCAGCAUCAAGGACUACAAGAGUCGGUUGGACUACAAGACCAGGCUGCAACUGCAGAGCUCGACGACGGAGCUCGCGCCGACUCCCGCCGCGGAAGUGUCCACCCGAGCCCCCUACACCAAACAGAGGACGUCGAGCGCGAGGACUCAGCAGGUCCAGCAAUCCGUCGCCGAGCCCGUGAAGGAGACCACCGGCAGAUAUAAGUACGUUUCCAGGAUGAAUUACCGAACCAGCACGUCCGCCACGCCGACGGCCAGCGUGAGGGAGCGACUCUCCGAAGAGAGCGGCUCUUCGACGACGGAAAAAAGUAGGUUCGUGCCGAAGAGGCGGCCGAUCAGCGGCAACGUGUACCGUAGCAGGAUCGCCUCCACCACGAGCAGCCCCACGCGGACUCAGGUGAGCGGCGAGGUCAGCGCGCGACAGAGCUCGGUGCGGCCCGAGAACGUGUACUCGUCGUCGAUACGGAGGCGACCGGCCGCCAAGAGUCGGCCGCAGCAUCCGCAUAAGGAGGUGGUAGCAGCCGCGGUAGCGGGUACCGCGCACCCGGAGCGCCGACGACAGCAUGAACCUACGGAGAUGGCCGCCGAGGAAACCAGUUUCUACUCGGCCAUAUCGACCACGGCCUCGUCGGGCAACGAGAUCGUCAGCGAGAAGGGGGAGGCCGCGGCGUUGGACAGCCAUCCGGUGAAACUCGGCGUGCAGGAGAACAAGAACGAAAGCCAGCAGCCCGAAGUCGUCAGCAGCAGCACUCCAGAGGAGGAGGAGGAGAAGAAGAAGAAAGAGGAGGAGGAGGAGGUGGUGAUGAUGAAAGUUCAGUCGCCGAUCGAGGUGACCGGCGAUCCGCAGGGGGAGAGCGAGAGCCAACCGGAAGCGCUUGCCGACAAAGACGGGAGCAAGGCAGAGGCGCCGCAAAAGGAAGCGGAAACGGAGAGCACGACGAAGUUCGACGAGGAGGAGCUGUUCGCCAAGGCGUCGCAGAGCGUGGCGGAUCUGACGAGCUCCGCUUCCGCUCUCUACGACAAGCCCGGCAUGUUCAAGGCGGUCUCGCCGGAGAGCAGGGUCGUGCCGUCCGCGCACUUCAAGAUCACCACGGACGAGCCGACCUUGCCGAUCGAAGCUUUCUUCCAGGAGCUCACGAAGAAGAACUGA